AUGCAAGCUGAACGUGUAAAAUACUGCCUCUAUCGUCUCCUGGGCUUUGUGGCGGACGUCUUGGACGACAUCGGCACUAUAGUCGGUGUUGUGCCCACCACUCGCCCAUCAUCCGACUAUGGGCCAUCCGACGUCGAUCACCUUACCGAGGAAGAGAUACGCGCUCUUCCCCAUGAGAGACCGACUCUCAGUGAAGAGCUCGGCGUCGAGCUCGGCGACAAUCACAUCCUCCGUCUCACCGACGACACAGUAGACAAGAUAGUGUUCGAUGGGCCAGAAUCUUCCGAGGCCACAGCCCUCGACAUGGUCUUCCGCCACACUACCAUCCCUGUCCCACGCGUUCGUCGUGUUAUUGGCACCGGCAGAGACACGUUCAUCAUCAUGGAUUAUAUCAAAGGAAGGCAGCUCAAGCACGUCUGGCCGACCAUGUCGUUCUUUCAGAAGCUCCGUGUCGGCUUCAUCCUCCGUCGGUACAUCCGCCAGCUCCGCGCCAUCCGCCACCCCCGCGCAGCCGUCCCUGGGCCGGUCGCUCCUGGGUUCGAGGCACGAGUCUGCCAUUCCCACAUCUUUGGCGCUCGCAGGCCAGAGCGCGGUCCGUUCGCAUCGUACGCCGAGCUGGCCGCGUUUUGGAACGAGCGCAACAGGAUGUCGAUGGAGAUCGAGACUACCUACUGGAGCGUCCCACCUGAGGAGGCGGAGGCGAGUCACCGGGAGCCAUUCGAUGAUUCACACCCCCUCGUGCUGACGCACGGCGACCUCAACAUGCGGAACAUCCUCGUUGGGGAUGAUGGUCGGCUGUGGCUCAUAGACUGGGGCAUGUCCCGGUUCUAUCCCAUCUGGUCCGAGUACACAAUUAUGACGUUCCAAGCGUGGGCGAUUGGCACCCCGAUGGAGGACACCUUCUGGCUGCGUCUCAUCCCGUUCAUUUGUGGUCCGUACUACCAUCAGGCGCGGUGGCAUGGCAGCGCGGGUCUAGCUGUAGAUUUGUACCGCUGA